AGUCUGGGCAUACCCAGGGACCACUGCAACUCAGCAUCUCCACCCGACGACGAGUGAGUGUAUCCAGAGUCCAACGCUGGGUGGGAGGGCCACUUGCGAUGCAUGGGAAGGAGACUGGUGCCAGGCUACUGAAGCUAGAAGCACCAGUGUUCAGAGCCGAAGCUGGAGUGGACAGAGUUGGAAUUUACUAACUCUAGGGCUGGGAGAGUUUAGGCAGUGGAGCAGAGAGGACAAGACUGGCUACCAGUCUAGGAUGGGCUGUCUGUGGUCAAACAUCAAAGCCAGCCCUGAAAACAGGGAACAGGCAGGGGACGGUAGACUAUUUUGGUCCUUGUGUUUAGGGACUUUUUAUAGCCUCUCUGCUCAAGGCUAAAGAGAGAAGGAGAAGACAGAGGCCAUCCUUGAGGUCAGACAAGCUCAGUGCCCUCCCGGGACCUUGGAAUCUGACCCAUUGCCUACUAUAGUCCCCGAGAGAAUAGAGCGGGGCACAGGGAGACCGUUAUUGCUGCCUAGGUUUCAACCAUUCACACUCUAGUUAGAUUUACCACCUACUGGAGGGCCAUGCUGAAUAGCGGUUAUGGAACAUGUAACUGCUUGGGCUGGGGCCCGCAGUUGGCAGGGUCUCUGCUCUAAGGCCUCUGUGAAGUGUGGAGGACACCCCUUCUUCACACACCCUUGCCUAGUCUGUUCCUUUGUCACCUUCAGAUCCAAGGUUCUCUCAGUCCCCAGAACCAGCGCCAGGAACUCCGGAGAAUUGCUCGCUGCUCCUCAGCUACCUGUGCGUCCUUAACUGUGUAUGGAGCCCUGACCUGCCCAGCUCCGUUAAGAUGCUGCUGUCCUCACCCACUACACCUUCGAGGGGACGAACCCCCAGCGCCGUGGAGAGGCUGGAAGCCGACAAAGCCAAGUACGUCAAGACGCACCAGGUGAUUGUACGUCGUCAGGAGCCAGCCCUGCGCGGGGGACCAGGACCGCUGACACCACACCCCUGCAAUGAGUUGGGGGCCUCUGCAUCGCCCAGAACGCCUGGGCCUGCCCGCCGGGGUAGCGGCAGGCGACAGCCAAGACCUGACUCCCUUAUCUUUUACCGCCAGAAGAGGGACUGCAAGGCUUCGGUGAACAAAGAGAACGCCAAGGGCCAGGGGCUAGUACGACGCCUUUUCCUGGGUGCCACCCGGGACGCUGCCCCGAGCAGCCCGGCACCUACAGAGAGACCUGGGGCUCCCGCGGGGUGGGCUGGGUCCCCGGAUACACCAGAGGCGACAGGAAAGCGCGCAGUGUGUCCCACGUGCUCGCUGCCACUGUCGGAGAAAGAGCGAUUCUUCAACUACUGCGGCUUGGAGCGCGCGCUGGUGGAGGUGCUGGGCGCCGAGCGCUUCUCUCCGCAGAGCUGGGGCGCAGAGCACGGCCCUCAGGUCGCAACGUCGCCGCCGCCCGGCUCCGGGGACACCAGCGAUUGGACAUCCAGCGACAGGGACGCGGGUAGCCCGGACUGUGCGGGCGGCGGCGGCGGCUCGGAGGCGGCAGGGUCGGCGCGGGACGGACGCCCCACGGUGUCGGUGGUGGAACGCAACGCGCGCGUCAUCCAGUGGUUGUACGGCUGCCAGCGCGCACGCGCCCCGCCGCGCGAGUCUGAGGUGUGACCACCACCAGACAGGAAGACGGCUCCGGGAGAGCUAGCCCGGUCCGUGAACAAAUCCUUCCCUGGAUCUCAGGUUCCCAGAUCUGCACGCUGAGCAGGCAGGACCACAGGCAGGGGCCAGGCGAGGACUGUGGAAACGGGUAAAGUGGCCACGUGGCCUCUCUAGAUUCUAAAUGUGAGCAGCGAUGGACUUGGGGUGAGAGAUGAACGAACUACUGAAUAAAGCUAAAAUGUUAUUUAAUAAAAGGA